CCUCGACACCCUUAGCCAUAGAAUCAAGACUUGAAGAAGGAGAGCACCAUGGCACCAUCAGAUAACCCAACCACCACCGUGUCUCGCAAGAGACCGGCCGACUCGCCGUAUCAACUCGAUCCAGACCAGACCUUAAAAGCCUCUCGAGCGCUGCUGCGACAUGUCCAGGCCGAGACAAAGCGUCUCAGGGAUACAUCCUCCAAGACCGACCUCCUUUCCACUGGUGCAUCUGAUUCAGAUGACGAAGUCAGUGCCGACAGCUCAGACUCGAUCUGGCUAACCCUCACCACCAAACAACAUAUUGUCGACAAACUUCGCCUGAAACCGAGCAGAAUCCCCGUACCACACUCCUUGAACACUUCAGAUGACCUCCGCAUAUGUAUCAUCACGACAGAUCCUCAAAGGGCUAUCAAGAAUGUGGUGGCUGAGCCCAGUUUCCCAGAAGAUCUCAAAUCCCGUAUUACUCGAAUCAUCAGUGUUACAAAGUUGAAGGCCAGGUACAAGACCUUUGAAUCUCGAAGACAGCUCCUCUCCGAGCACGACAUCUUCCUAGCCGAUGAUCGCAUCAUCACACGGCUACCCGCCCUGCUCGGCAAAGUCUUCUACAAAUCCACCUCGAAGAGGCCCAUACCUAUCGUUGUUGCUCGGUCGGAACGAACAAAGUCCGAAACAAACAACAAGAAAAGCAGCAAGGAUGAGGGAUCUAAACCACCUAAAUCACCAGAAAACCUAGCCAAGGAGAUUGAAAAGGCAAUUGACUGCGUUCCUGUGAGCCUACGACCAGGUACUCUGCUGUCAGCUCGGAUUGGUCUCGCUACAUUCAAGCCCGAACAACUAUCAGAGAACGUUUCUGCUGUGGUGAAACAUGUCAUUGAGAAACAUGUUGUUAAAGGAUGGCGGAAUGUUAGGGGUAUCCACAUCAAAGGCCACUCGACCUUUGCAAUCCCCAUUUGGCUUGCAGAUGACUUAUGGACGGAAUCGAAAGAUAUUACUGCUUCUCAAGUGAAUACAGCACAACAAGAGCCCCAGAACGCAGAGGCAAGUCCUGGACAAAAACGUAAGAGAAAUCCAGCAACCCUCAAAGGCCCUCAGGCCGGUUCUCGCAAAAAGUCCAAAUCAGACCAGGUGAAUGAUAGCAAGGCGGAAGCAGAGCGAGAAAUGAAGGAAAACAGGAAAAGUAAACUCAAGAAGCAAAAAGCACAGGCCUUUUCAGAAGCAGUCGAAGUUUGAGCACGGUCUGUGGGAUGAGGGCGCAAACAGGAGCACGACAAUCAUGAAUUGAUGAAGCUGAGUGGUCUGGAUUGUCUGGAAUUAGCACAGGCAAUAUCAGAACCAUUGAAGUCAUCAACUAGAAUAUGAAUUUAUCAUUCUGCCCUGGUAAUGUCUAUGGCG